AUGGCUGACACUGUAUCCCUUGCCCAGGCUGGCUUUCGGGUCGAAUACUACUUCUUCUACGGUAGCCUCAUGGACCGCACUGUCUUGGCUAGAGUCCUGCAAAAACAUCACAGACCCGAGAUCUACCCCGCGAGUCUGAAAGGAUGGCAACGCAAGAUGUGGGGAGAAUAUCCAGCUCUUGACCACAGCCCAGGAUACACCACAAAGGGAACGGCAUAUGAGGUCCGCUCUUCUCGGGAACGAGAUCGUCUCAUUGGAUACGAGACGGAUGCAUACAAAGUACAACCCUGCCUCAUCGACGUAGGGCAUGGGCACUCUGUGCAGGGUAAAACGUUUGUCUGGGAUGACGAUCCAGAGCUUCUUCGAUACGGCACAUUCGAUCUUAAGGAUUGGCUACUGAAACAAAAGGAGUUCGAGAUUCAACAAUUUCACUAA